AUAUACUUGUCACAAAAACAUGUCUACUAAACAUAUAGCUGUGCUUUAUCAUAUAAAAAUACUGAGAUGAAAGAAUACAAUAUUCAUAUAGUUUGUUUACUAUUCAUAUUCUGUGGACCAGUUGUCGUCAAACCCUGUGCAUGGUAUGAAAUUACGAGUUAUACAAGUUGGACCAGCUGUUCAAGAACUUGUGGUGGAGGAACACGAACAAGAGAAAAAUAUUGUUGUCUUAUUAUUUGGAAUUGUGGUUCAGAUACUCAAACACAAAGUUGUAAUACUCAGUGUUGUGCAGUUAAUGGUGGCUGGGGAAACUGGGGAUCUUAUGGAGAGUGUUCAGUAUCUUGUGAAGGAGGGAUCCAGUAUAGAUAUAGAUCAUGUAAUAAUCCUUCAGUUUAUUGUGGUGGUGCUGACUGUCCUUAUAGUGAUACAGAUUCAAGAACCUGUAAUGAAGAUAUUUGUUGUCCUGAUGAUGGAGGCUGGGAAACCUGGCGUGAGUGGUAUUCUUGUCCAGUUACAUGUGGAGGUGGGACCCAGUAUAGAUACAGACUAUGUAAUAACCCAUUGGUAUACUGUAAUGGUGCCCUCUGUCCUGAUUGUGCAGGAGGUUACUGUGCCAAUAAUGUACAGGAAAGCACAGAUCCUCGGUCAUGUAAUACUCUAGAUUGUAAUGUUUGUGGUAACAGGGAGAUAGGAUACGGGUCUCCAUCAUCAUAUACAGCCAUUACUGGUGGUAGUACAGGUUUUGGGGUUUUAGCAGAAAGUGGAUUUUAUGAGGCUACUUGUUGUGGUAUUAUUAAAACCUGGGAGUUCUAUGCCUCCAGAGCUGGAGAGCUCCAUUUAUUGGUGUGGAGGAAAUCUGGGACAACAUACACAUUAGCAGGGGAAAAUAUAUACGUUGUUCCUAGCAAUGCUGUAGGUAAAACAAUAACCUAUACUCUGCGAGAGUUGGAUCAUCUAUCUAUAGAGGAUGGAGAUAUCAUAGGAUGGUACACAUCAGGUCAGGAGAUAAUCCCGUACAGCAGUUCUGAUCCUCAGAAUUUCCGUAUGACAACUAUGACAGCUGUUGAAGAAGGAAACACCUUUGAUUGGUCAAGUGUUAGUUAUACUCAUAAUAGGGCUUAUGCUAUUAGUGUGCACACAGAUGAUGACACAGCACCAUUCUAUACAAAUCUUGAUAGAGAGGUUGUGAUAUUUGAUGAGGUGCCCAGCGGUACUACUAUUUACAGAGUCAAGUAUUACAAUGGAGACACACGAGACACACUGACUGUGACAUAUACUUCAUCCAGUACUGACUUUGCCUUCAGUACUGUCACUAACUUUGUUUACCUGACUACCAGUCCAACAGUAGGAACAUAUACUAUGACAUUUAGUCUGGAAGAUUCUUGUGGGAAUAGAGAUGCUUCAAAAACUCUGACAAUCAAAGUUCUUAAUACACCACCAAGAAUAACAAGUUUGCCCAGUUCUGCAGUCCUACAUGAAGAUGUAACAGAGAGCCAGUUAUUACAUACUCUGGAUGUCUAUGACAGGCAGACGUCAGACUACAUUAACUGUGUCCUGACCUCAGAGACACCAAACAAUGGAAACUUUCAAGUAGACUUGAUUACAGGAACUAACAACUAUGGAAUCUAUCUGAAGUCCAAACCUACCUUUGACUAUGAGGCUCACACAAAACAUACUCUAUUGAUAUCAUGUGAUGACGGGAAGGGUAAUACAGGUACUGGCGACUUCUUUGUACACGUUCUGAAAAAUCAUCCACCAAGAUUUCUCAAUCUACCAGCAUCAGUUGAUUUGAAUGUAACAACAACUCUGAUUGGUGACCUUGUAUACAACAUCCAGAUGACUGAUGAUGAAAAUGAUACGUUGACCUUUACCAUGACAACAGACCCCUCUGGUGGACCAUUUUCUAUACAUGGAUAUGGCUAUAUAGCAACCACAGCAGACCUAGCCACAAUAUUUGAACCAGCCUAUAACUUAGAAGUAUCAGUCAAUGAUGGGAGAACCACAGUAGGGGCAAGAACUCUGGCUGUACAUCUUACCAAUAUAAAUGAUGUACCACAGUUUGGUAAUCUUCCGCUGACAGAAACAGAUCGUUUCCGUAUUGAAGAGAACAGUGUUGUUGGGACCACUUUGUAUCAUGUUGAGGUCCGUGACCAGGAUGACAGUAUACCUGAUGUUCUGGUAUCUGCCCUAUUUUCACCCAACACUGGAGCACCUUACUUCAGUAUGAGUUCAGAUGGUUACCUUACAAUAUCUGGUGAUAUUGACUUUGAGUCAGUUCCAAAUAUAUAUUUACAAAUAAUCGUCACGGCAACAGACAGGAAAGACACAGCAACACAAACAAUAUUUGUGUUGAUCACAGACCAGAAUGAGGCUCCAUCUUUUCACCAGACAGGAUAUUCUGUUGAACAGUUUGAAGAUGUGCAAGGUACGUCUUUUCCUGUGGCUGGAUUUAUAAUUGAUGAUCCUGAUGAUGUUGACGUUCGUGAAGACCCAGAUUCUCAUACCUAUUGGUUAGACUGUGGUAAUGACACAUGGAGGUUCACCAUGGCAACCGAUACAGGGGAGAUAACUUACGCCUAUGAUUAUGAUGUGGACAAACUGCUUACUACCCAAUAUGAUUGUGUUGUAAGAGCAAAGGAUACAGGGUUCAACACCUGUACAGCAACCAUUGUUAUCAAGAUCAAAGAUGUCAAUGACAAUGCUCCAUAUUUUAAUCAGACUCAGUUUGCCUUCUAUAUAUCACCAUACGAGAAUGUCAGCACAGAGAUAGGUAACGUUACAGCCUACGACAUAGACAUUUCAGAUUAUGGACGUAUAUCCUAUUAUUUAAAUCAGACAUCAUAUGACAAGACUUAUAUUCAGAUCAAUGAUACUGGUAUCCUGUAUGUGAAUGAAAUAUUGAGUAACAGAUUCCAAUGGGGAGAUGUGAUGUACUUGAACUUGACAGCUACAGAUUAUGGGGGUCUGUUUACAACAGUGGAAGUCUGGAUUGUGUUUCCUGCGGAGAACACCACUACAACAUCAACAACUCCACACCCUAUAUUGUUUGUCACAAGUCCUACCAACACAUUAUGGUUUACAGCUACAGGAAUACUGGUGUGUGCAUUGUCUGUUGGAGUGCUGUAUUUCUGUACAAAGUACUGGCAUUCAAUAGAUUGUGUUAAGACUACAAGGAGAAAGAAACCAGCAGGUAAACCAGAAACAGAAAAUAAUAAAGCAGAACCUGAUGAUAAGAAAAAAGUGAAAAAGAAGCUGGAAAGUGUUAACGUAAAAAGACCACCUGGCAACCCACUAUUUAACAAGGGAAAUAACUCCAAACCAAAGGGAAGUAAUUCUGUAAACAGCUCAGUUGCUAGAAGCAGUGUACUUGAGUCGAAGACAAUACCAAGCCAAUCAAGUAGUCAACCAAGUUUGAAUGCCAGUGUUAUAUCAAAUGAUACCAGUAGAAAUAGUUUAAAACCAGUUUCAGAUGUUUCAUUUUCUAGUCAACAAGUAAACAGUAAUCUAUACAAAGCCAAAGAGGAGCAGCAGUCAAGGGACCAGGGUUUAUUGUUGGACUUCUAAUCUGAACUGACAACUGCAAUUCUACACCUGAGAUUGGAGAAAUGAAUAUUUAAUUUUGAAAUAGGACUUUUCACUUGUUAUCUAUUUUGCAACUUCAAGAC